AUGAGAUUUCUUACUACACACAAUCCAACCAAUGCAACAUUAAACAAAUUUAUAGAUGAACUUAAGAAGUAUGGAGUUACCACAAUAGUAAGAGUAUGUGAAGUAACUUAUGACACUAAUCUUGUGGAGAAAGAAGGUAUCGAUGUUUUUGACUGGCCUUUUGAUGAUGAUGCACCACCAACCAAUCAGACUGUUGAAGACUGGUUAUGUCUUGUAAAAAAUAAGUUUCAUGAAGAACCAGGUUGUUGUAUUGCUGUUUGUUGCAUUGCUGGCCUUGGGAGAGCUCCGGUACUUGUUACCCUAGCAUUAACUGAAGGCAGAAUGAAAGAUGAAGAUGCAGAACAAUUUAUAAGACAAAAGCAGCGUGGAGCUAUUGACAGCAAGUAA